AUGAAGAUUAAAAAAAUUCCGGAAGAAGAGCUAGAAAAGGCAAAGACAAUCGCAUCCUUGGCCCUCAAGCAGGCGGACCAACUCAAGAGAUAUCGCGACACCGUUAACGACCUCGAGAAGGAGACAUCUAGCGCUCACACAUGCUAUGACAACUACCAUAAGAAGGGUCAACAGGCUCUCAACAACCCGCUUAGCAAUGGUGACUGCGACAAGUCAUACUUUCAAGUCCAGUCUCUGCUCCGAAAGGCUCGCUCCAUAACUGAAGAAGGCUUGACAAGGAUUGCCGGAAAAGCAGUGACGAUCCAAAAGCAGGCAGAGCGGCUGCAAGAAUAUCACAGCAAAGUGCAGGGCCUUGACGCCGCCAUCUCGGAGAAUAAGAGAUGCUACAGCGUAUUUUACGACGAGACCAAGAAGGAGGGAGUCGAGUCGGUGGAGGCACUCGAGGCCGCCAUGAACCCUGGCAACGAGGGCUACGCUCAAGUCCAGGCGAAGCUCGGCGAAGCUCAAAAAGUGGCCAAGGAGUCCGACUUUCCCAGUGCAGACGUCGUAGCGCAUUUCAAACUGCCCAAUCUACCCAACGGUUUUAAGAGCAGCCAGGAUCCCGAGACGCACAAGUACUGGCAGGGGCUUGAGGAGCUGACAAAGGCAAAAGAUGGCACCGCUGAGGUGGUCAAGAAGGAUAGCGAGGAAGCACAGAAGCUGCAUGUCACCGUCGCUGGGGAGAUUGACUCGGUCGUGAAUGCGACGCUGCACAAUUUAGUCAGAUCGAUACCCGACGUCGAUCCGCCAACUGCAUCACGUAACAACCAAUCCAUCUUCCCUAUAGGGUAUGCUAGAGUUCGCCUGUCAGAGAAGUUGGUCGCGGAGAUUGACAGCGACAAUGUCGAGGGCGUCGAGGCAAUCUACGCCUCAGCAGAGGAUGAAUCCAAGCAAGCGGCUCUGCUUGAGGGCAUCACUAAGCGCGCUAUACAAAAGUCGCAGUUGGGAAUUAUCGACUGGGUCUUCGGCACCGAGGCCUUUCGCGUUGCCCCCAACUCGUUAAACAACGACAUCUACCACCAGGCCUACUUCACACACUCUCUCAACGUGUGGAAGGCGCUGGUCCAGAACGGCUUCGACCUCAACGCCCACCACAGCGAGUUUAUCGGCGACGCGCUAAGCCUAGAGGCAUACCACGGCAACGUCGACAUUGUCCUUUUCGUGCUGGAGAACGGACAGGGCCCCAAUAAGGCGUGGGGCUACGACGACCAGGAGCCAGCCCUCCUGGCCAUGACGGGCGAGAAGCCGUCGCUCGAGAUCAUUCGCUUGAUGCUCCGGCACGGGUGGAAGCAGCGGGAUAGCACCGCGCUCAUCGCGGCUGCCGAACUGGGCAACCUGGAGGCGGUGCAGUUGCUCGUGGAGUACGGCGCCGACCUCGAGCAUGCACAAAAUGAAUAUAUGAUCUGUUAG